AUGUCGUUCAUGGACAUGGAAGCGGGUCUGGGGCCCGGUCCUCAUGGUGCUCGUUACAACAACAAUAUACAUGCAGGCGGCCCAGACGAUGAUAGAGAGUAUAAGGCUCUUAGUAGCAGCAUAUCCCAACAAGUAUUUAGCAUUACGAACAAUGUUGCGUCGAUAAAUAAAAUGGUCUCGCAUUUGGGAACAAUAAAGGAUACUCCAGACCUAAGAGCUAAACUACACAAUAUUACAGAGACAACGCGAGAACUCGUCAAGAACACAAGCAACGGCCUCAAGACGCUUUCGCACUUUGAGGGAAAUGUUGGUCAGAGUCGCCAGCGUAAAAUCGAGCAACAGAAGUUAUCCAAGGACUUUCAGAAGACUUUGCAAGAAUUUCAGAUAGUACAGCGACUCUCAGCAGAAAAGCAACGAGCAUAUGUAGACAAAGCAAAGGCCCAUAAUGUCCGCAAUGAUGUAUAUACCGAGGAAGAUGAAACUGGCAUUCCAGCAGAAGAACAGCCGUUAAUAGAUGACUCUCAGCGACGUCUGCAACUUCAAGUAAUUGGCAACGAAGUAGAAUAUAAUGAAGCACUUAUUGAAGAGCGUGAGGAGGAGAUUCGAGGAAUUGAACAGGGUAUUAAUGAAUUAAAUGAAGUAUUCAGAGAUCUAGCGACGCUAGUGACUGAACAGCAACAUAUGCUUGAUAAUAUUGAGACCAACGUGUCGAAUAUUACCGACAACGUGCGAAACGCCGCUGAAGAAGUGUCGAUUGCAAGUAGACAUCAAAAGGGAGCACGCAAUCGCAUGUGCUUUUUGUUGCUUAUAUUUGCUGCCGUUGGAGGAGUAGUUGUAUUGGCAGCUUUAGCUUAG